CCAUCGUACGGGCUUUAGGAGGGAGAGGGAGAGGGAGAGAGAGAAAAAUGCCCUUUUGUAAAAAGCUCAUUGAUAUUUUGAAAAAGACUCGAACCUACUUAGGCUUAGCCGGCGCAGCAUCUUUAUCGCUCGCUUCCUCUUCAUACAAUACCUCUACCGCAGCCGCCGCCAUGACAGAUAACAACAAGAACCACAGGACCCAUGUCUGCAUCAUCGGCAGCGGUCCCGCCGCUCAUACUGCUGCAAUCUACGCCGCUCGAGCCGAGUUGAAACCGAUCCUCUUUGAAGGAUGGAUGGCGAACGACAUCGCCCCCGGAGGCCAACUCACCACCACAACAGACGUGGAGAACUUCCCCGGAUUCCCAAAAGGUAUUAUGGGCGGCCAACUCAUGGAUAAUUGCCGCAGCCAAUCACUCCGAUUUGGUACUCAGAUCUUCACCGAAACUGUUACUGAUGUCGAUUUCUCCUCUUCACCCUUCAAGGUAUUAACCGAUUCACGCUCUGUCGAAGCUGAUACUGUCAUUGUCGCCACGGGAGCUGUGGCCAAGAGGCUCAACUUCCCAGGAUCCUGCGACGGGAAAGGUGGGUUUUGGAACAAGGGAAUAUCUGCCUGCGCUGUUUGUGAUGGAGCUGCUCCGAUCUUCAGGAACAAGCCGCUGGCUGUUAUCGGCGGCGGAGAUUCAGCCAUGGAAGAGGCAAAUUUCCUUACGAAAUACGGGUCGAAGGUUUACAUCAUUCAUAGAAGGGAUGAAUUUAGGGCUUCGAAGAUUAUGCAGAAUAGGACAUUGUCAAACCCCAAAAUCGAGGUUUUGUGGAAUUCUUCGGCAGUGGAAGCAUAUGGUGAAGAAACGAAGAAUGUUUUGGGGGGACUGAAGAUAAAGAAUGCUGUGACAGGAGAAGUGUCUGAUUUGAAAGUUUCAGGCUUGUUCUUUGCGAUAGGACAUGAACCGGCGACCAAGUUUCUGAAUGGGAAGCUGGAACUGGAUUCUGAUGGUUAUAUAGCUACGAAGCCGGGGACGACCCACACCAGCAUUGCUGGCGUUUUCGCGGCUGGAGAUGUGCAGGACAAGAAGUACAGGCAGGCUAUUACUGCUGCUGGAACUGGGUGUAUGGCAGCAUUGGAUGCUGAACAUUAUUUGCAAGAAAUCAUGGGAGCUCAAGAUGGCAAGACAAAUGAAUGAAUGAAUGAAUGAUUCUCUUCAUAUUUCUUUCUUACUCAUUAGACUCCACCUGGUUGGUUGGGUAAUUGGUAUUUGGUGGUUUAUAUUAUCGCUUUUUAAGAACCAAAAGAAAACAAGAUUGGUUUCUUAUUAUUUAGAAGACUAAUGAAGAUAUUAUAUCUCUCUAUAAAUCUCUUUGUCUGCUCCAUCCAUCAUAUAAUAUGAUGGU